CACAGGGUGCAACUUUCCUAUCGUCAACACGCCCCCCUCCCACAAACUUAUCCAAGGGAAAAGUUUAAAUAGUCAAGAAUAUUUUAUAUCCAACUUAAAGACACGUGUACCACGUCAACAGAGAGAAUGAGGUGUUCUUCGUCUGACCAAGGCAAGAAGGUCUUGUUAUUGGUUUGGGUUGUGUGAACCCCUGGCCAUAUGUGAGUCACAACACAGCGAAACUUGUCGUACUUGGAACUGAUGCAGAAGUUUCAGGAACAGAAACUAACACCACAACAUGACCGAAUAUGACGAUAUUGGAACAGUUCCAGAAAUAACAUGUGUUGUCGUGUCAGUCCCGAGACGUAUUUCCUUCCUUGAAGUGUCACAGAGCUGCUCUGAAGUUGGUUGCUUGUGUAUUUUUGCGCCACCAUAACUUAGCAGCGAAUUGCUGAGUCUUUAGCCAUUGUGAAAGAAGUUUUAGUAAUAAUCUAUGCCGAGGAACAUUACAACAAUGGGGAGCCUGACAAAAAUGCCAGCGAAGGAGGAAGUCUUUGAUCACCAAGAGGUUGGUAUCUUAGACCAUGCCGCCGCCCCCGCUGGACCCGAAGAUGUACAUCCGUAAGAUGCAGUACACCACGCUGAAGAUGGUUGCCAUGGAGCUGGACCCGCCCGGCCAGCUGAAGGGGUGGAAGGACCUCGCCUCUCUCAUCACUAAAGGCCACGGCAACAACCAGCCCAGAUAUAACGUCACCAAGAUGAAUAUGUUUGAGAUGGAGUAUAUGAAGAGAGAUGGCAGCCCCACCAUCGCCCUCCUGCAAGAUUGGGGCACACAGAACACAACAGUACAGGAGCUGGUGGAGGUUUUACUGCAGGGGGAGUUCUACAGAGUGGCUAACAUGCUCAUACCAGGUUCAGCCCCUACAGAAGACACAGCCCCCCAGCUGAGCCUGUCUGAACAGCCCACCCUCCCCCAGCAGCCUGUCAGCCCCAGAACCCCCACACAGUCCGACUGGCCAGGGGAGACCAGACCUGGGCAGGAGAGCAGCUAUGUUGUUGAGUACCAGUUCCCGUCAAAUUCAUCCAGUGCAGAGGCACCUGUGCAAGUAUCCUCUGGGGGUGGGGUGCAGGAUUUCAGGUAUACAGAGCUACAGAGGAUCACCAACAGUUUCAAUGACUUUCCACUGAGCAAGCAAGGCAAUAAGCUAGGAGAGGGUGCCUUUGGUACGGUGUACAAGGGGACUCUAACAUCUGGGACUGUAGUUGCUGUGAAGAGAUUAAAGAAGCCAACUGACCAGAUGACACAACAUGCCAGUAAAGCCUUCACACAAGAGGUCAAUGUGUUGUCCAGAUUUUCCCAUGAGAACCUGGUCCCUCUCAUUGGCUACUCCAUAGACAACUUCCAACAUCCCUGCCUGGUUUACCUCUACAUGGAGAAUGGUUCGCUCCAGGACAGGCUAGCUUGUAAGGAUGGCAAACCACCAUUGACAUGGCUGGCCAGACUGGCCAUCGCCCAGGGUACAGCUGCUGGGGUCUGCCACCUGCACGAACAUGAGUAUGUUCAUAGAGACAUCAAAAGUGCAAACAUCCUUCUAGACAGGAACAACACUGCUAAAGUAGGAGACUUUGGGUUGGUUAGGGUGGUUCCAUCCGAAGCCACCAGUCAGCAGACCACCACCGUGUUCGGCACCAGCGUCUACAUGGCGCCCGAGGCCAUGAGAGGCGAGGUCAGCCCCAAGAUCGAUACCUACAGCUUUGGAGUGGUUCUCCUGGAGUUGAUUACAGGCCGUCCUGGUUGGAAAGAGAACGAAAAAGACCUGGUGAGUUGGGCGGAGGAUGUGGAGGCUGAGGACAUUCUGCCCCAUGUGGACCCCCAGGCCGGGGAGUCCACACCCACACUCGUAACGGCUCUCUUCACUCUGUCUACUCAGUGUUUAGAGUACAAAAAGAGAGACCGACCCGAGAUGGUGACAGUGAAAAAGAAUUUGGACUGUAUUUGAGAUUUAAUAAUGAGAGAAGAGUGAAGAGGAUGCUGCUCUUAGACAACGUCACAUUUCCAAACCUGGGCCCGGUUGGGCUGUUUGUGGAAAUGAAAAAUAGAAAUGUAUAUGUAAAAUAUACACAAAUAAUUCUUAAAUAAUGGUGUCUUUCAUGCCAUACUUUUCCUUCCUGAAACCUGCCUGGCCGGGCCCCGGUUUGGAAUGUAAUGUACGUGUAGGCCUUACUGGGGGAAAAGAAAUCAUUCUGUCAC